AUGGCCAAAUUAAAAGGAUACACUUUGGAUGUUGGAUAUCCAGUAUAUGGAGCGAAGUUUGUCAACAACAAGACAUUAAUUGUUGCUGGAGGUGGCGGUGAAGGCAAGAAUGGUGUUCCAAACAAACUGACUGCGAUCAUUGUGCAACCAGACCACAAAAAAAAGCCUUUGAAGAGAUACCGGGAGUUGGUAUUGAAUGAGGAAGAGGAUUGUCCAAUGUCUCUCGAUGUGAACAAUAGCGUGAUACUUAUGGGUGUGAACGAGAAUAGUGAGAUGAUUAAGCGUGGAGUGAACAAGCAUCUCCGGAAGUUUAAGUUUAUCAACGAGCACUUGAAGUUUGUCGAAAGCUGCCAGAUACAUCCCGAGGCCAAUCCUCAGCAAUAUCAAAAGAUUACUUCUUUGUCAAGCGAUGGCAGUCUAGGCGUAAUUGCGAUGAGUGACAACCCUUCGUCCAUUUACAUUGUUGACACCUCGGAAGACCUAGAGGAGCGGUUCAAGAUUGUGACUAACGGCGAUGUUAAAGACAUCAGCAUUUCACCAGAUGGAAAACUCAUGUGCUACAUCACGUCAUCGCAUCUUGAGGCAAUCUCUACAAUUACGGGAAGGUCAGUUUUCAAGACGGACAUCGAUUUCCACAUGACCAAGGUGGGCUUCUACGACAACAACAUUGUCGUGAUUGCCGGAUCGCAGAAGAGUGGUAUUAUCGUUGCACACUAUUCAAUAGCAAAGUCGCAGGUUGUCAAGAAGUCUGUCGUGUACAGAAACUUAAAAGGGGUAACAUCGAUGGAUGUGAAUCCGGAAAGUGGCCUUGUGGCCUUAUCUGGCUCGGAUUGCUCUCUUAUGCUUGUGAGAUUUAAGGAUCUCAAGCUGUUGAAAAAGGUCAACAAGGUUCACAAUUUCGCAAUUACGAAAGUUACCAGCAGCCAGGACGGGCAUUACAUAGCAAGUGUGUCAGCUGCAGACACGGUGAGUGUUGUGAUUGUCCCUCCAAAGUUUGCAGAGUCGAAAUCUUUGUUCUUAUCUCUCUUCGAGUUUCUUCUAUCUAUUCUUCUUGUCGUGGUCCUCGGUGCAUUCACGCAGUACUUGUAUGCUCAUGGUUACAUAGACAUGGCUAAACAGAAAGUUGUCGAUUUCUAUCUUUCUCACCGUCCAGCGGACUCCUCUUCGUACUUCACCAUUCAGCCUAUUGAAUCUAGUGAGACGUUUACCAAAGGUGCUCCAUCAACUACAACGUAUCUUCCAGAUGAUGCCACCAUUAAGUCUGAUAUCAUAUCAUAUGGUGGCCCUCGGGACUCUGUUACUACACUUACACCUUUAACGGAGACACCUGUGUCCUUAGUUCCUGAGUUUCAUACUGUCGACAGCACUGUAGUCAGGGAUGAGUUGAAGAAGCGGGGUGAAAGUGUGAGCACUAAGAGUACUCAAAGUAGUGAAAGCACUAAGAGUACUCAAAGUAGUGAAAGCACUGGAAGUACCGAAAGUAAUGAAAGCCCUGGAAGGACGGAAAGUAAUGAAAACACUAAGAGUACCGAAAACAGGGAGAACACUGAAAGUACACAAAGUAGUGAAAGCACUACUCAAACAACUACUUCUGUUGAUACCACUCUCACUGAUGGUAUUUCUGAAACCCAAAAAUCAGAAGUGGCGUCAAGUGAUAAUCUUUAUCAGUCUGAAACCACAGACACACCAGAUAUAUCGUCUAAAAUUGAGUCUACUUCGUCUAUACAGUCUCAGGUUCGGGAAUCUAGUGAAAAAACAGUUUUGGAUAACUAUGUUGCUACAGAAGAUACAAGUAAUACAGUGUCAAGUUUAACUGAUUCAAGUACAAGCAAGGAGGAAAGUUCAGUCAUAGUGAAUAACUCGUCUGCCCUUUUACCUACUGCUGGGGAUAAAAGGCUGGCAUCACUUACUGCAGAACCUCGAGUUUCAAGUGAGAAAAGCACCGGCGCAGUCAUCGAAACCUCAAGUGUGACAACCGAAGCUUUGAAAAAGCUUAUUGCCGAAAGUGUUGAUGCUGAGAGCACAACUGAGGCUUUGUCAUCAUCUAGUGUAUUGAGCUCUUCCACUAAAGAGAAGCAGGUGGAAACAACUGAAUCUCUACCAGAAGUGACCUCUGUUUCUAAUGUGAUAACCACGCCCGAGACAACAAGUUUAGAUAUUGAAGAAGAAUCAAAGAGCACAUCGAUCAGCAAGGAUACAGUGAGAGAAACGGUCACCAAGGUGGAGACAAGUGUUUUAGUUGAGACAUCUGUUGAAACAUCUCUCACUACAGAAGUUCAGACUGUGACGGAGAAGUUGACUGUUACUCAAGUUUACAGUGUUACUGCCUCUGCUCCGCAAGUGGAGAAGAGUUCUGUGGAUGCCGAUGAUGAGGAAAAGUCGUUCUCAAGCAGCUCUGGAUCCAGUUCUGAUUCUGAAUCUGCUGAAACAACUUCAAAGAGCAGUGAUACCACCUCUUCCCCGAUUUCUUCUGAUGUUACAUCCGAGAAACCAGUCUCCUCUGAAAGUUCUGAAGUGGUAUUGUCCUCAGAAGCAUCUGUCACGCAACCUUUAACCCCAUUAACAUCUUCAACUAAAAGCAAGGAUGUCGACCUAGCAACCGAUAUAGUCAGCUCUACUGAGCAGUCAUCGCUUGCAUUGUCUUCAUCUUUAUCUUCAUUGUCUUUAUCUUCAUCCUCAUCUUUAUCUUCAUCUUCAUCUUCAUCUUCAUCUUCAUCUUCAUCUUCAUCUUCACCUUCAUCCUCCCCAUCCCCUUCAUCCUCCUCAUCUUCAUCUUCAUCUUCAUCUUCAUCCACUAUUGAACUAGUUCCCUCGUCAGAAUCUUAA